CUAAACAGGAAGCCUGGCUAUUCCCAACUGCCGGUGAUCUCUUUAACUGCCUCUGAGGCUCUUCUUUGCUCCAAUAGAAGGGAGCAACUUUGGGCUGGAUAAACGUCAAAUUCAAAUUCUUACCUCACCCCUUUCACCGCUGGCAGGAUCAGAUUGCAUUUCUUUCAUUAUUCUCCACUCCCCAGUUUUUUGAUCUGUUUAAAAGAAGAAAUAGAAAAGAUAAUUCCUCUCUUUAAUGCCUAGAAGAGAAAACAAAAUGAUCUCAACUCCACUUUGAAAAAAAUCUUUCCAAGAACUUUCUUCAGAGAUUUCACUCAGAUCAUUGAAACAAUGAAGGAAGGACAGAUUUUUGGGGCUUCUGUAUGUCUGCUGCUUAGUUGUGCCUUUGGACCUCUUACUGCUAUUCCUGAGGAAGGUGAAGAAUAUGCAAACAUUACAGAUGCAAAGUUGCCACCAAUGAAACCUAUACAUUCAUUUUGUGCAAUGAAAGCAGAUGAUGGCCCAUGCAAAGCAAUGAUGAAGAGAUUUUUUUUCAAUAUUAACACGCAACAGUGUGAAGAAUUUAUAUAUGGGGGAUGUGAAGGAAAUCAAAAUCGAUUUGAAAGUCUGGAAGAAUGCAAAGAAAAAUGUACAAGAGAUUAUCCAAAGAAGACUAGAAGAUUAAACACAACAUUGCAAAAAGAAAAGCCAGACUUCUGCUUUUUGGAAGAAGAUGCUGGAAUCUGUCGAGGUUAUAUUACUAGGUAUUUUUAUAACAAUCAGUCAAAGCAGUGUGAACGCUUCAAGUAUGGUGGCUGCCUUGGCAAUCUAAACAACUUUGAAUCGCUGGAAGAAUGCAAGAACACCUGUGAGGAUGCAUUGAAUGAUCUCCAGGUGGAUGAUUAUAGAACCCCUCUUGAGGCUUUGAAUAAUGACUCCUUGACUCUCCAGCCUACCAAAGCACCCAGCUUCUUUGUUACAACAGAAAGAACAAAUGAUGGUUGGAAGAAUGCUGAUCAUACUUACCAAGUCUUUCUGAACAUCUUCUGCAUUCAUGCAUCAAUGUUCAUUUUAAGAUUACAUAGCAUUUUAUGCAUGUGUUAAUAAUUGUGUUUUUGACAUUUCUUUAAUAUUUAUAUAGUAAAUGCGAUGUCUUCCAUAGUAUACUAUUAAUAAAAUGUUAAUUGCAUGCAUAGAGUUAAUAUAUUCUUCUCAAUAUAACUCAUUGAUAAAUGUCUAACUAGUAAAGAAAAACUAAUGUUCUCAAGUGCUCAUACUGGUUUUGGGCCUUUUGAGUGGCCCUGACACGUGUAUGAAAAAAAUCAAGUUAUUUUGAGUUAUCCUUCUGGUUCUCAUAGUUCCUUUUACUUCUAUAUACCAACUCUUUUUUUUAAUGGCCACACCUGUAGCAUGUGGAACUUUCCUGGGCCAGGGAUUGAAUGCCAGCUGCAGCUACGACCUCCACUGGAUCCUUUAACCCACUGCACCACAGUAGGAACUCCUAUAUAACACCUCUUACUAGCUGCUUUGGGACUACAUUAGCUAUAUAACAUAAAAAAAAAAAAAAAAACUUUGAAUAGACUUCUAAAGCCUACUGUCUACCCAAUCUGGUACUUGCUCUCUAAGAAAGGGAAUGUCUAUAUAUUUGAUCUAGUCCCGUGUUGUUUCCUGGCUGCCUCCACGUCAAGGGAAACAUUUAGAUGUUGUUAUGAAGACCAUUUGGGUACUUAUAACUCUGUCUCUCUCCUGGCUAUAUUUCCUGUAUGACCUAGUGGUCAGAUUCCAUAUAUAUAUGAAAAUAAAUGGGUAGAAAAUAAGAACAUACAUACACACACUCACACAUAUACAUCUUUUAAAAAAAUGUUUGGUUAUCAUUAGCCUUCUGGAAAAGGUAUUAUUCUCACAAAUUGCCUGAUUGUUACCAAAUACCAUCAAUUAACAUAUUUGCCAGAGAAUGCUGUCACCUAGUUGGCUUCUUGUUGAAGAUGUGAUUAUAUAUAGAAAAACAUCACAACAAAAUCUCCAAAUGGAGAUGUUUUGGAAAGAAAACAUCCCCCAUCAGCUAAAUAGUUAUACACUUAGUUGUAUACCACAGUUAAUCACUAGCAUUGUCAACAAUUCUAAAACACUCCACUUCAACAACACACUUCCAUAGUCCCAAAGCAGUAUCCUGUUUUACAUACUGUUCUCAGACCAAGAAGCACAGAAACUUCCCUUAUAAUCUAAAUAUGCCUGCAUGAAUCUGGAGCCUUCAAGCUGGAUUUAUAAAAAUAGAUAACAACCUUUGACAAGGAUCCUUCAGACCAUCUACUUCCUGGCAGAAGAGCUGGUGAGAAACAAAAAUGUAGCACUUCAUCUCUGCCAAGACUGCUGCCAUCCAAAUAGAGUUACCCUAGGUGACCACUAAUUUUACUAAUCCUUUUCUUCCUGGACCAUCUCUGGUUUUAACAAGGAUAAAUUUUUGCCCCAGUCAUAAGAUUCCUUCAGAUAAGUUUUUCUAAAUAUAUAAAAUCUUUAAAAGAGAAAAUUCACAGACUUCCAUUUUGAAAACCAAAUUAUUUUGAAUGAUAUUAAUUUUAUAUGAACAAGUAAAAUGGCAGGGAUAAAGUCCUUAUCUAUGUGACUAUUAUACAACUAUAAAUCAAAACAUUCACAAAUGAAUACAAUACAAACUGCAAACUAAAAGUUAAUAAUACUAAUUCUUUGAUUUAUUUUAAGGCUUUUUUUUUUGCUGAAAGCAAAAAAUACCUAUGAUAAUAUGAUUUUGGUAAGGACUGCUACAGGACAGAUCAGGAAUGACAGGAAUAGGUUACAAAAGCCUGUGUUACUCUGGCUGUGUGUAAUUCUCUGUCGUUUUUCUAUUUGAAUGCUGGACAAUCUUUGCAGGAAUGAAUUUGAGAAGCACUGAUAUAAAAUGUGUUGAUUAGGAAUAUUCCAACUCUAUCUUUCCUAAGGACACAGCAGAAUGGUUUUCUAGUUUUCUAUCACAUCUUAAUGCUAUUAAAUGGAUCUGACUGGCCAGUGAAAAUGUGAUCAGAGAGGGCAUAAAAUCCUGGAGCUUUAGCCUAUUUCUAUAAAACUUGCCAACCCAAUAAUUCUUGCCCUGAAAUGUUUGAGCUCCCUGACUACUGUUUGCCUCAGCACUGUUACUCCCUAAACUUGUUUUCUGACUCCUUGUUUGAUGACCUAUUUUGAUUAGAUAUUUUUCUCCUGUUCAAACUUGAUCAUUUCCAACUCCACUUAUGUAACAAAGGGGAAGAAGCAUCUAAGACAUUCUGAACCCGAGCUUCAAAGAAGAGUGACUUGGAGAAUCAAAUAUGAAGGGGAAGUUGUGACAACCUUUGUUUUACAUGAUAAUUACUCGAAUAUCUUUUUUUCAGUUAUUUUUAUUUUCUAAUUAGUUUUCAGAUAAUAUAUCAGAGUGGUUAAGAGUGUUGGAUUUGUGGGCAGAAAGAUGUGGGUUUAAAUUCCAGUUCUUCUAUUUGCAGAUUUUCUCUGUGGCCUUGAAAAUAAUUACACAACUCAGCCUCAGGUUCCUCUUUUGGUAUAUGUGAAGAGUAAUACCUUAUAAAAAUUUUGUGAAGACUUAUGCUAAACUGUGUUUAGCAAAAAUAAGAGCUCAAAAGUAUUAAUAUUUGAGGUUUUUAUGAUGAUGAUAAUGAUGCUUACCCAGUAUUAACAGAGGUUUAUAGCAGGAAAAAAAAUAAAACAAUUAGGGGUAUCAUUUGUAUACAUUUUAUAGUGAUAAUUGUUUAAUAUAACUGAAGCCUCUAAUCUUGAUCUAUAGAACCUUCAUUUAAUAUAUUUAAUACUAUGAUUAUCUGAACAUACAAUACUUUUAAAAUUCAAACAUAAUUAUAAAAUACCAAUACAUGUUUUGUGUCUUUGGAUCUUAUUUCUAAACAGAGGACUUGCAACCCUGUGUUUCCAACUUUAUCUUAUGACCUGAGAUACAGAUCUGAUAUACUUCUUAAUGUCUAUUCAGUUCAGCAAAUAUUGAGUGCCUCCUCUACGACAGGAUUUGCCAUGCAGUCUGGCAGUCUAAUAAUAAUUAAGAAGGUGGUUUUGUCCUUUAUAGACAUGCCUGGGAAAUAGGGGAAGGAGAUAGAUAUGUAGGCAACUUCAGUGCCUGCUAUAUACUAAGACAGAGACCUACACAAAUGUUAAGGGAAGAUAGUCGUGUUGUACUUUCAUUGAAGAAUGUCAAAAUUCAAAUGUCUUCUACCUAAUAUCUUGGACCUGUUUGGCUAAUGGCACCUAAUCCACAGGCAUAAAUCACAAUUCCAUCUUCAUUCAGGGAAUCUUCUAAGUGAAGCCACAUUGAAAGCCAUGGUGAAAUUACAAAUUAUGAAGCUACUGACUAUAUUUAAUACAGUGAUUACAUUUCAUAAUACAUUAGAAAUAUUUGGGAGUUCUUGCUAGGGCUCAGUGGUAA